CUCACUCCUCCACUCAUUCUGGCCAAGCUCCAUUCCUCAAUCUCCUCCUCUCUCUCUCUCUCUCUCUCUAAACCGAACUGAACCUCAAAGCCUUUCACACUCUCCUCUCACAAUUCAAAACUUCGAAAAUCAAAUUUCCGUUACGAAAUGAAAUUCCGAUCGAUCCGAGCGAUACAGAGCCUCGAAAUGGCGCCGGCUCGCCUGAAGACAACGAAGAAGCUCCGGUCGGAGCUACCUCGCCGGAGGCGAACUCAGAUCUCUCCGAUUCUCUACUCGUCGCAGAAACCGAAUGCUCGCUGCAGUGAGGCCUCUGGUUUCUCUGUGAACUCGUACUUCGGCGGCGAAAUUUCGUGCGAGUCGAGCAGAGUUUCCGUUGGAUCGGAGAGUGAGGUGAGGUCGAGUUUGAAGAAGAGAAGCUUCGGCGAAACCGAAGCGCCUUCUCGGAAAGUUACUCGAUCGAGUUAUGGAGGAAAGGCGGUGAAGAUACCGGCCGCCGGAGACGGUGAAGUUGAGGCUUCGGAGUCGUCGUGCGUGGAGUCUAAUUCCGGAGCUGAUUUUGGAGGCUUCGUUGAGAGAAAGUUGAAGCUGAAGACUAAGAGCGGAAUUGCGAAGGUAAUGGGAGGUUCUGAAGCAGUUACCGAAUCAGCGAUUUCCGAGUCCGAUAAGGUCUCACUGAAAUUCAAGGAGCAAGAGGUCAUUUCACUCAACUCUGGCUUGCAAUUGUGCUCGGAAGCGACAGUAUCGGAGAGUAAGACGGCGAAAGACGGCGGUAACAGAGCACCGGAAUUUGAAUUCCACGGAGCGUCGAGCAACUACUUCGGUGAGAAUUUCGCCGUUUCAAACUCGGAAUCGACCAUAGAGCAGAGGCCACAGAGCUUUGGAUUGGACUCCGAUUUCGCUUGUACCGAGCAGUUCUGUUAUGACGACGGCUCCGAGUACUCUUCCAGUCAGACACUCUCGGAUUUCCAAUCGGAUCCUUUCCAGGAAAACUCGGAAAUAGAAUUCUCCGAUUACACGCCGUCGUUUUUCACCGAUUCUGGAAGCCAAUUCUCUCAGGGUUCAGUCGGAGACUCACCGUCACCUACUUUCGCCUUGCUUCUAAAAUACAGAGAAAAGUUUUCGAGAUCAGUCACUGCUUUAGAUCUCAACGCAGCUCCACGCGUUAACGAAGCGUAUAAGCAUGAAUCCACAUUUCUCAAGUUCGGAGACGAUGAGGUGGAAGAGAGCUAUCAGAUGCUGAGGAAUAGAGAGAGGCUGAAAGUGUUUCUGCGUGACUACACCGAGGACUACUCUUCCACGACGGAGUACGGCGGCCUGAUUCUCCAGCAACGGUCGUACAUGGUCCGGUGGAUCAUUGAGAUAUCUACUGCAACUGGACUACAGCAGGAGACCAAGUUUCUAGGUGUGAACCUCCUUGACCGAUUUUUAAGCAAAGGAUUUUUCAAGAGCAAAAGGAUCCUUCAGAUUGUUGGAAUUGCCUGUCUAACAUUGGCCACCAGGAUAGAAGAAAAUCAGCCCUACAACAGUGUGCGGGAAAAGAGUUUCUAUGUAGGAAGCAAUUUGUACAGCAGAUGUGAAGUGGUGGCAAUGGAAUGGCUAGUGCUGGAGGUCCUCAACUUCCAGUGCUUUCUGCCCACCAUCUAUAACUUCUUAUGGUUCUACCUGAAAGCUGCUGAAGCUGAUGAAGAGGUGGAGACGAGGGCCAAGUACCUGGCAGGGCUGCAGCUUUCGGACCCUGUGCAGUUAUGCUACUGGCCCUCAACAGUUGCAGCUGCACUCGUCAUCCUGGCUUCUUUACAAGGAAAUGAUGCAUCCCCCCAACAAGUCCUAGACACUCAUGUGAGAACAGACGGUGAUGAUUUACAUGAAUGCAUAGAGAGCCUAGAGCGGUUUUUGAGGCGUUUGAUAGCAUGCUAAGAUGUACACGCACACCGACAUCACUAUUCUGAUUGCUGACUCUCCCCUCAAGCAAAGCCAUAUCGGGAAGGUAGAUCGCGGAUAACUCUUCUAAGGCCUGAUCACUAGGUAAAACAUAUCUGAUCCUUUUGUCAAUAAUAGGACAGUGUUGCUAGAAUUACACUUUUCUUAAAAGUUGUAGACAGAGUUUGUAAAUGUUGAUGGCCUGCUAAGGACCGUAAGUUGAUUGAAACUCUUCUGUGUUGAAAAGUUCAUCAGCGCUCAAUGACUACUCAUUACAAAAGAAAUUACCGGGUGGUUCAGGAAAACAAAACGUUUUCGCUGUUCAGUUUCUCAAGUUUCCUUAUCGUUUAGAGGAGAUGUCUUAGGUUGUUUAGCAUGUAUCACAUUCUAUCAUAUACUGGCUGCUUUGCUAAGGAUUGAAGCGAUGAUACUAACUUUAACAAUGGAAACAUUAAUACCUUGCAUGUCUAUGUUAUUUUUUUUCUUUCUGAAAUAGUAUGUCAUAAGGGCAUUGAAAUAUCAAACAUGCCACCUAAAGUUUUGAAAGUUUGUAUGUCUUUUGCGAGCAAAGAAGUCAGCUUUACACUUCUGUAACCAGUUGUGAAUAGUAACAUGUCCUUUUAAUUUUCCCGACCAGAAAAAUGCCCUUUUUAUUUUCGACCAACUUCUUUGCAAGGUGUUCCUCUUUGAAUUUAGAAGUGUUAGCAUCAUGUCCAUCCUCUUUGGAGAUGGACCAGUCCUUUCCUCACUAAAGAGCUGAUCAUGGAUAGUAAAGCGCAGUCAGCAACCAUUUCACCAUGCUCCCUCUUCCUUCAUUUUCCACUAGUCCAACCAUAAAUGAAUCUUAUUUCAAGUUUCAACAAUACCAUUCAUCUCUCGUAGCCUAUCUCUUCAAUCCUCUCAAGUACACCUCUCCAGUCAUUCUUGGAGUCACAUUAGCAUUUGCACUAGCUUUCUUGCAAAUAAAUAAAGCCAUGUCCAUGAUUGCACUAGGUAACAGUUUCUAGUUCUUUCUUUCUUUUCUGAAUCUAUUGAUGCCUU